AUGAUCAGAGCGAAUGAGAAAAAAUCCUUUGCCACGCGGCCGCGGAGGAGAGUUAUCUCAUCGUCGACAUCGAGCUCCUCUGACAAGGGUUACAAAGAAGAGUUUGAUGAGCCGGAAAAGGAAAACUGCUGCGAUAGGGAAUUUACAACAUUCUUUUUCGAUGAGGAAAUGCACUUGCUAGCGAAUGAAAUCGCCAAAUCUGAUCGUCGUUAUAGUUUAAUGUCCUACGAGAAGUUAGCCUCACCAAUCAUGGAAGAUGAACCUAUUCGCAACUACGAAGAUCUCGUUCCUGGAAGGCAUCGCAGGAGUGGAAAUGAGCGUGUACAUCCUAAUAACUUGUAUACCGCGUUUUCGCGUUCAAAAAGAAGACUUGAAAGAGAUUUGCCCGCAUGGAUCGACAUGGAUCCAUCAGGAAAGAAUGACGAAUUUUCAUACUGGCAGGACCGGAUAAACAAUGUCUAUCAAAACUUUUCAAAGCCUUUUUUGAACCGAGAUCGUGCCUUCCGCGGCCGGGCCGUGGGCGUUGAGGGAUUCCAGUCGGAGCCUGAGCUCGAUUCUGCUGGUAGCGCGCCAUCGCAAGAGUUGUGUGAUAUCAGCAGCGAAGUAUUCGGUUUCUCCGACGCCGAAUCCGACGUCGACUGA